AGUUGGCUCUGUCGAUUUACAAGGGAUAGGUUGUCCGGCAACGGAUCACCGUUUAUAUCGGUUCUAAUAGUAUAAUGAAUGAAAAAGUUUUUGUUCAGAAUUGAUUUUUUUAGCACAUGUUCGACUGAUAUACGGUGUGAGUGUGUGUGAUAAACACAUUGUUUUUUAUCUCCUGUAUGGAGGCAAAGCCAUGUGGGUCUCAUCCUCCCAAAAAUUCGCCGAGCGCUGGUAGCAAUAAUCAGGAAAGCCUUUCUGCGGAUCAUUGGAGCGAAAUGGCUGACUCUUCCCAAGCUACCCUUCAUUCUGGUUCUGCUGAUGGCAGCUCUCCUUCUAACACAUAUAGUAUGUCUCCUUCGCCUUUUCCAGCUUCUGGAUCUUCUCCAGUCGCUUUGGAUGAUGAAUAUGAAUCCUACCGCCUCGUUCCAAGUCAGAUCAAGCAAUAUAAGGAUGAGUUUUCUUCAGAUGAAGAAUUAUUUUCUCGUCCGUUAACUCGUCCCUCUAAACCUAUCCUGUCCGCACCGCCCUCGCCAAGCCUACGCCAAAACGAUCUGUGCACCCUUGCGGAGGAACUGAUCCCAAUUCGGCUGAACCUUACGAAUGGAGAGUGGCACUUGCUCGAUCAGUUUUAUUGGCCAAUUUUGAUUCCGGAAGACGUCACUUACCACCGACUUGAUGACUAUAUUGAAUACAACGUGUCCAAUCCAAACAUACAGACGUUUGCUACUCGUCUCGCCGAGGAGUCCGACUUUCCGUACGCAUUCGAUAGCGCUAUUGUCAAAUCGAUUUGUGCACAAAUAACGACGUGUAUACCUGUAUAUUGGAACGAACGAAAAGCGAAUGUGACAGAGCAACACAGACUUGAUGUGGUCCAGAGGCGGACGCAGAACGAGCGAAACCCUAUUUUUCAGCAGAAGACAGAGGCGAACGGUGGAGAAAGCGGCAAGUCCGACAACCGAGAGAAGGAGUGGGACGAGCUAUUAGAUGAUCUUUUUACAGAUGAAGAAAAUGCGAAUCAAGAAUCUUCGAUGUUGGAUUGGAAUGAAUCCGACGUAUUCGACGGACACGAGGACGGGUAUGGCGGGACCAAUAUGAUAAGUGAUUUGGAUACAUGGAAUACAGAUUGUCUCGCAUCGAAUGACGAAGAAAACGAUGACACAGUUAACGAGAAUGAUGACCCACAGAGAAGGCGAGCUCUUAGGAGAGCCAGACAGUUCAAUAGGAAAACGACAAUCACCUCUAAAUACUACAGGAAAAAAAAAAAUAUGAAAGAGAGAUCAAGUGGCUUCGGCCAUUUUUUGUCGUCUCUUGCAGCUCUUGCAUCUCCAGCGUCCUCUCAAAAGGAACAGGACCAGCAGGAGUCUUCUAUGGAGCAUGCAAAGCCGUCUAGGAAGAAAAGGAAACUUGGAUCAGCUUUUGAGGCUCACCAAGUGGUGGACGAAAGAGUGGCCAUCAAGAUUGAUCUGGCCAUCAUGGGCGUCAGACUCAUCGACCAGUUCGAUUGGGAUCCUGCGAACCCACUUCACUGGGCUGAUACGUUUGCCAGACGGACUGCGCUCGAGGUGGGCCUGACAAGGGAGAUGGAACUGGCUAUUGCAAAUGAUAUUCGUCGGCAAGUCUUGUUAUAUAUGGCUGAGUCAAGCAACAUGUUGCCAGACCAAUGGCGUGUGAACCAAAACAUUGAGCUUCCUGUUCAAAUAAAACAUCAGCAAACUGGUUGGAACUCUAAUAACGGGAACUUGUUCAGCAAAGAACCAAAUCUUUCUAAGGGCAGUUCUACUGACACCUCUGCUUACCUCGCAUCAAUGAACGAAAGCUCCAGAAAGAAAAGCACAUUCUCAAACCUUGGGCAUGACGCAGGAAGCAACAGAAACUUACAUGAGGGCUUUAGUUCCAAUACCGCCGCCGUCAACCAGAUAAACUCGGCGCCUACUUCGGCUCAUCCAUUUCAUACUGAUCCCUCUUCCUUCGACAUCUAUCAUUGCCCUCACCUUAACGAGCCCCUCGACCUUCAAGUGAUGACCAGCGCGUCCGCUCUCAUUGCCGCCGAACGAUCUCUCCAUUCUUUGGGCAACGAUCUCGUCUCUUGCUAUCUAUCUGACGACCACCGCCACCCAGAAGGCAUCUCCGUUCCUCCAUCUAACGAUGACGAAAAAAAGCACUCUUACGAAAGCCAUGAACCCUCCUCGUCUACCGAUCCAAGUCGCCCCCCCGAAGCAGCCGGAUCAACCAUUGAACUCCACCAUCGUAUCCGAAUCUUACCAAACUAUGUACCACUCUCGUCGCUGCCAAUUCUGACCUUGAAGACCGCUAUCAGAAAUGCCUAUCUGGGCUACUACGCCCCUCACCUCACUAUUCAUAUCCCAUCUUGGCUGUUCUGGAAGAAGCAAAUUAAACACCAAGAAUUUUGGCAAAAGUUGUACCAAGAUUACUUAGACCAAAUCAAGUCCUCUCUAGCAAAAUCCCAGUAAAACGCCCUCCGGUCUGACUCAAACUCCUCUGCGCCAAAGUGAAACCCCUCGCGAGAAAGACUUGCGCGUCACAGACAUCUCUGUUUGCUUGCUUUAUACAUCUAACAAACACAUCGCAACGCGCACUUUCCCACUCGCAACGGCCCACGCCUGAAACACAACCUGUCAUCUUCACCAUAAACUUUAAUAGCGCACUCCUGCCUUCAACAACCCCUCUGUACUGCAAAUCUGACCCAAGUCUCCAAGUCCGUAUUGACAAAAUCUCUACUCUUUAAGCCGAACGGGCCACUUUUUUCAAUUUCACCUCCCAAGAGACUUAGCUCCAAUUAAGCUCUAAAGAUAUGCGCCUUUGGUAAUGCUAUUGCUCUUAACUUCCGUCUACACAUUCAUCCCUUAGUUUCUUAUCUAAACAAAUCAUUAUUCUUAUGCGCUCUAUUGCUCACUGAGCAGCAUAAAACCGGGCCAAAAAAAUUCGGCCGCAUUAGCGCGUGAGAUGCCGAAUACAAUCAAUCAAAACUACAUAAAUACAACCACCACUGUGUAUUGACCACAUACUUAGCUAUUGUCGAGAAAUUUAUUGAGCGCUAAUACUACGGCAACAUAAGAACAGGUACUAGAGCUCCGUGCAAAUUCCAAAAGUGUUCGGUUUUUAGGCCUACCUGCCCUUUUACCCUCAAGAUCAAAUCCAACCCCCUUAGCUACCGUCCGUACCGACAAUAUCAUCCUUGUUACGUUCAUCAUUGUCUUCAUCUACCUUUGGCGUCUUGGUUGCAUUCUCCACAUUUUCUUCACUCAGCUCUAAAAUGGUAAAUGCAGACCAGCUACUCUGUCAAUAUACUUAUCAACUCUAACACACUCACCUCCACAGAAAAUGUAAUUCAGUUUUCGUUUUUAGGCUCUUUCUGUGAAUCUGAUUUUUUUGUUCCCUUUCGAUCCUGUCCUUCUUCCUGCUCGCCUAUGGGCUCUGACACCUUUGACAUCGCAUUUGUUACCGAAAUCACAUUACUCGAAUGCCUCGUUUUUGUCUCAAAUGCGGGCGGCUGCCCUAUCAAU